AGUCCAAUCCAGAACACACCAAUCCUCCUCCCAGAAGAAGUAGUAGCACUACAACUACAAGGAAAGAAACACAACUGCUAGCACUGUAGCAAUUAAUACUCAUUAGAAAGCAGAGACCACCACCGUCUCCUCCGUUUGAUUUUUUUGCACAACUUUUUCCCCUUAAUUUUAGUUGUAUUUGUUAGAAGGCAAGAAAAAAAGGAGAAGGAUGGGAGAUGUGACAUUAUAUGUGGUGGACGAGGAGGAUGAUGCUUUUAUGUCAACACCCCAUCAUCAUUAUUGUCAUUCACCACCACCACCACCACCACCUUCGGCUUUAUGCAGAAUAUGCCACGAAGCAGAGUUGGAAAGCUGCAAGAGCUUGGAAUCUCCAUGCGCUUGUUCCGGAACUGUCAAGUUUGCUCACAGAGACUGCAUACAGAGAUGGUGCAACGAAAAGGGGAACACAAUUUGUGAACUUUGUUUGCAGAAGUUUGAACCGGGGUAUACAGCUCCUCCUAAGAAGGCCCAGCUGCUGAUGGAUUCAACAGCACUAAGAGCAAGCAUCAGGGAAAGCACGGAAACUCCAACAAGAGAGAGAGAGCAUGAAAUUGGAGGGGAAGAAAUGGUCGACGUCGAGUACUCGGAAUGCUCAUCCGCAGCCGACACCACUGCCUCCUACUGCAGAUCAGUGGCUCUUAUUUUCACGGCAUUGCUCCUGCUGCGACACAUGCUUGCACUGAUCAGCGGAGGAACAGGGGAUUACCCUUUCACGCUACUCACAUUGCUGAUUAUACGGGCUACCGGCAUCCUAUUGCCCAUGUACAUAUUGAUUCGGAUAAUCACCGCAAUCCAAAACAGCGUUAGGAGGACCCGUAACUAUGAGGUUUCUGAAGGAGAAACGCACCCAGUUUUUCAUGACAGACAGCAACGGAGAUGAGCAGUAGCAGUCGCUUCCAAGUGUCUUGACAGCCCUCCUUGUUACUUUCUCCCCGGCUCUAUCCUUUGUUAUUCGUGAGCAAUCAAACAAUCAAUCAAAUCUAGCUAUAGAUUCCCUUGAUGCAAGGUAAAUGAGAUGCGAACAACAAAUGAAAGUAAAUUUCACAAAUCAUGUCCCCGGCUCCA